AUGUCAAGGAUUAUUGUAAAGAAUUUGCCUAAAUAUUUAAAUGAGGAUAGAUUCAAGGAUCAUUUUUCAGCUUGUGGAAAACAAAUUACUGAUAUUCGACUUGUACGUUCAAAAAAUGGAAAAUUUAGAGGUUUUGGGUUUAUAGGUUAUAAAACUAAAGAAGAUGCACUAAAUUCUAUUAAAUAUUAUCAUAAUACUUUUAUUGAUACAUCUAGAAUUAGUGUUGAAUAUGCAAAAGAAGUUGAUUUUGUAACUCUUGGGUUGCGGAAUACAUUUAAAAAUGAUAAAUUUUCUUUUAAAGAUUGUAUCCAUAGUGAAAAUAAUAAAUUAGCAUUUGAUGAAUUAAUGGAACAAAAACGAGAAAAUAAAAAGCCAUGUAUAUCUUUAGAACAUGUUCAAAUAGGAUCUUCUGGUGAUUUUUUUGGGAAAAAUGACGAUGUUUUUUCUAAGAAUAAACUUGAUUGUUUAGAUGAUUCAAUUGAUGUUAAUAAUAAUUCAUUAUAUUCACACUCUGUUUCUGAUGAAAAAGCUAAUAAUAUGCAUUCUUAUAAUAAUUUUUUGCAUUGCAAAGAACAGACGUAUGGAUGUUCUAAUUUACAUAAUUUUAAAAAAUCAUUCGAUGUAUCAUAUGUUAAGACUAUGACUAAUGACGAUUGGGUAAAAUCUAAAUUAAAACAGAUAAAAGAAUUAGGUGAUGAAAACUGCAAUGACUGUAAUUCUGAUGAUGAAUUGGAUAAUCAAAAUUCAUUUUUACAUGAAAAAAAUGUUUCUGGAUUAAAUAAUGAUAAUGUGCUUUCUUUAAAAGAACAGAUUCUUUUAUCUGGAAGACUUUUUGUUAGAAAUUUGCCAUAUAGUAUUUCUGAGUCUGAACUGAGAAUUGUAUUUGAAAAUUUUGGAAAACUUAUAGAUGUUCAUGUUCCUUAUGAUUCUGUUUUGAACAUGACAAAAGGGUUUGCUUAUAUUCUUUUUGAAAAUCCUUCUUGCGCAUUAAACGCAUAUGAACUCAUGGAUGGGCGUGCUUUAUAUGGUCGUCUUAUACAUAUUCUUCCUGCACGAGUUAAACGUGCGUCUGAUAGAUCUGAAAGUUAUAAUGGAACGAAUUUUAAAAAUGAGAGAGCUAAAAGACGGAAAAUAGAUGCGCUCGAUAAACGGUUUUCAUGGAAUUCGCUUUAUAUGAAUCCUGAUGCUGUUAUAUCUUCUGUUGCAGAUAAACUUGGAGUUUCUAAGACAGAUAUUUUAGAUCCAACUUCUUCAAAUUCUUCUGUUAGACAGGCCUUAGCUGAAACAUAUGUUAUUCAAGAAACAAAAAAAUAUUUUGAAAAAUCGGGCGUUAAUUUGGAAUCUUUUUCUGGUUUUGAACUUGAUGAUUAUGUAUUAUUGGCAAAAAAUUUUCCGUAUGGUACAACUUUAGAUGAAUUAUCUAAAUUGUUUGGGAAAUAUGGUACUCUUGGUCGUGUUUUGUUGCCUCCUUCUGGAACUAUUGCUAUUGUUGAGUUUUUGGAAUCUAAGAGUGCAGAUAAUGCUUUUAAGUGCUUAUCUUAUAGGAGGUUUAAGGAUUCUAUUUUAUAUCUUGAAAAGGCACCAUUAAACAUAUUUAAAGAAAAAUUUGAUUCUACUAUCGAUUUGCAGACAGCAAAUUCCCAAAAAUCAAAAGCAAUUUAUGAUAUCGAUAUUAAUAUUGAAAAUGAUAAUGUGAACGACUCUGAAAGAGCUAUUCUUUUUAUAAAAAAUCUUAAUUUUUCUACUACUUUAGAUAGUUUAAAUAACGCAUUUAGUCCGUUUGAUGGUUUUGUUAAUGUAGUUAUUAAAACAAAGUCUGAUCCAAAAAGGCCAGGAAAUAGAUUGAGUAUGGGUUUUGGUUUUGUUGAAUUUAAAUCUCGUUAUCAUGCUUUAUUGGCCAUGCAUGUUAUGAAAGGUUAUGUACUUGAUGGACAUGUUCUUCAGAUUAAAGAAUCUCAAAAAAAUAAUAAUUUUUCUCUAAAAGAUAAGAUAAGUCAGAAUAAAUGCAAAAUUGUAAUUAAAAAUUUGCCAUUUGAAACUACUAAAAAAGAUAUACGAGAAUUAUUUGGAUCUUAUGGCUAUUUAAAGUCUGUUCGGGUUCCUAAGAAGAUUGAUAACUCUAUUCGUGGUUUUGCGUUUGUGGAAUAUGUUACGUCUAGAGAUGCAAAAAAUGCUUUUAAUAUUUUGAAAAAUACUCAUUUAUUAGGGAGACAUCUUAUAUUAGAAUGGGCUGAUGAUUCUGUUGUGAAUGACUCUGAUAAUAGACAAAAAUUAGUUGAAAAAAAUUAAAUGUUGAUGAUAAUUUGAAUAAAAAAAUAAAAAAAAAUGGG